CUCUCAGUCCGACUGUGUCAGUGUUUGUCAGGUCAACAGAGGAACAUGGCUUCAUCCUUCCUCAGCUUCUCCCUCCUCUUCAUCGCUGCGUCCACAGCAGAUGGAUUUAUGAAUUAUGCAGUGAAUCGCUGUGAGUUUAACUCCACUGAUCCGAACGACAUCACGUUCAUCUACUCUGCAUUCUACAACAAACUGGAGAUCGCCAGGUUUGACAGCAGAGUGGGGAAGUUUGUUGGAUACACUGAGUUUGGAGUGAAGAACGCUGACUACUGGAACAAAGGUCCAGAGGUGGUUCAGAGGAGGAAUGAGAAGGAGAGAUACUGUGUUCACAACAUUCAGAUCUGGUACCAGUCUGCUCUGACUAAGUCAGUUGAGCCCUACGUGGUCAUGAGCUCCACGACGCCCCCUGCUGGUAAACAUCCUGCCAUGUUGGUCUGCAGCGUCUUCGACUUCUACCCCAAACAGAUCAGAGUGAGCUGGCACAGAGACGGACAGGAAGUCUCCUCUGAUGUCACUUCCACUGAUGAGCUGGCAGAUGGUGAUUGGUUCUACCAGGUCCACUCUCACCUGGAGUACACACCCAGGUCUGGAGAGAAGAUCUCCUGUGUGGUGGAGCACGCCAGCCUGAAGGAACCUCUGGUUACUGACUGGGAUCCGUCCAUGCCUGAGUCAGAGAGAAACAAGAUCGCCAUCGGAGCCUCAGGACUGAUCCUGGGUCUGAUCUUAUCUCUGGCUGGAUUCAUCUACUACAGGAGGAAGGCCCGAGGACGGAUCCUGGUUCCUACCAACUGAGACGGUCCUGUAUCCUGGACCUGGACCUGGACCUGGUGCUGGUCCCGGUUCUGGUCUUGGUCCUGGUC